AUGGCAGCGGCCUUGGGACGGGUGGACGUCGCCGAGGACGUGCCUUGCGUCGCAGCCAGCUGGCACCGUGCCUCGAUGAGUGACAACAUGGCCCCACUCGCCACUACAAUAGCUCCGGACAGUGGUCUCCGGGACAUCAGCGUUGACGUCAGUGAAGCCACAGUUCGCUUCAACGAGCCUGUCUAUCUGAUGGCAAUCAGGGAGGCCACGCUUUUCCAGCUGGACCCAAACAACGGCCCAGAACGUUACAACGAGGUGGCAAAGCUGCCGUUAACUCUUACCGACACGGUGGAGAUCCUGGAAACCCUCAAGAUCUCCCUAAGCGCCGUGCGGCUGGAGCACGAUUCCGUGUACAGCAUUCGCGUUCCAGCAGGAGUGGUGGUGGAUCGAGCAAACAACGGGUUUGCGGGUCUCGAGGUCGGCAUUUGGGCAUUUCGAACAGAAAUCGGUGGAACGGUCGAGCAGUUGGAUUUCGGCCUGUCGGCUGGAGCAAUCGCAGGAAUUGCAGCUGGCCUCGUAGUCUUCGUGGCGGCCAUCGCUUGCGGACUCGUCUUCUUCCGCUGGAAGGUCGUCAGAAAGUUUGAAGACCACCGAGUGAAGCCUGAAGAGGGAAGCACGCCGAAGGCUUCGCAAGUGCAAACGCUUCACAACGACGCGGAGCACUUGCCAAGCAACGAGCGCUUUUGGGAGAGGGCCCUGGUCCGUUCGAAGGAAGAUCUCGCGGAAGCGGAAGCAGACGAACUGGAGGAGCUUCCAGGAACCAUCCACUCUCAUCAUGGCUCUCGGCGGCCAUCGAAUGCUUCCAACUCCGAGACCAACCAGAGGCGGCCAUCGAAUGCUUCCAACUUCGAGACCAACCAGAGGCGUCCUUCCAAUGCAUCGAGCACAGCACCGGUUGGACGAGUGAGGAAUGAGUCCAAGCAAAGCUCGCAAAAUUCCAGGCGCCCUUCGAGAAGCACUGACGUGGUGCAGUUUUACAGCAAUGAGCCACGUCGGCCAUCCAAUGUAUCUGCACUUGGCACUGGAUCCCAGGGGCUGCGCAGUGCCGGCUUGGCCGGCAAGCUCCAGGCACCAGGCGACGGCACCCAGAGUGCCAGUAUUGGCGAGAGGCGCUUUGGGUGCGCUGAUCGGCAUCGCAUCACUCAAGGACAGUCCUUGCGAGCAUUUGCUGUAGGCGGCCUUCGAGAAAUUCGCAUGGAGCUUCGCCGCGGCCUCCGCGAGAAACGUCACCAUCGCGUUCUUUGCCUCAGGAACAUGAACCCAGAUCUUCUAGCAGACCUCAUUUUUUCGAGGGAGUACUCUUUGGACUUCUUCCUCUAUCUGGGCUCCCACAUCCUUCACAAUUCCUGA